UGCGAUCGGAUCCUUUCAGCAAACCUCGCAUCUCUUGAGCAAAUCUUUACAUUUCUGAACAUCUCUAUUCACCUUUUUAACAUCUUUACCACUAAUCUGAGCAUUUUCCUGCACGAAUGUCAUCUUCUGAAGAAAUGCCAUUUUUCUCCAUCUGGGAUUAUUCCAGCUCUGGACCGCGGGUUGAGGCUGGUGACCUGCAACACCUUGUCCCGACUCCCCAUGUGUACCACCAGGAGCAGCACUUUACUCCCAGCACUCAGGGCCAGGUUUAUACCAACCUGCCUGACCAGCCGGAUUACGCAAGCUGGGAUUCGUCCAACUCUGGACCGUGGGUUGAGACUGGUGACUUCCAGCACCUUGUCCCUGCCCCCCAUGUUUACCUCCAGGAAGAGCAGUUCACCCCAAGCACUCAGGGCCAGGUGUAUUACAUCCUGCCUGCUCAGCCGGAUUACGCAAGCUGGGAUUCGUCCAACUCUGGACCGUGGGUUGAGGCUGGUGAUGUCCAACACGUUGUCCCUGACCCCCACGUUUACCACCUGGAACAGCAGUUCACCCCCAGCACUCAAGGCCAGGUGUAUUACAUCCUGCCUGCUCAGGUGUAUUACCCCAGCUGGGGCACUAUUUCCUGCUCUGGACCGUUGGUUGAAGCUGGUGACCUGCCACAUCCUAUCCCAUCCUCCCACGUGUACCACCAGGAGCAGAUAUUCACUCCCAGCGCUCGGGGCCAGCAGAUAGAGCUUCCAGGGAUGGCUGCAGUGUCAGAGGACCAAUAUUGCACCUUCAUGCCUGCUGGAGAGUAUCCUGUUGAUGGAUUGUACGGCCCUGCUGAUAUUCCUCCUGUACAAGAACAAGUCCUUCCUCCUCUGGACAAGCAGGAGCACACACUGAACUGGGGUCCUAGUAGAAGACAUCAGGGCCACAGAUCCACAGAUCCAAGUCCCUAAUGAAUGAAUUAAAUAUAGAUCUACAUCGUCAAAACAAAGCUUCCAAGAUUUAUCAUGCUUACAAUACUUGCACAUCACACACAACACUGUUGCCCAACUUAUAACCAAAUUCAAAUAGACUGCGGACCAACCGAGAAGUGGACAUCCACGAACAUCCACCAACGAAGGCACAACCGACGUGGUGCUGGCAUACAUAGUCCAUUAUGUAUGGAGACUUUUGGAACAACCUGUAUAUUCCCCCCAAAAAAUAAUUUACUACAAAUCAACGACAGACAAACAAACAAACAAAAAAUAACAAUAAAAUCUGGAUUAAAAAACCUCUGGUGUUUCUAAAGUUUUUUUCUGAAACACUAUCCCAGAGGUUAAGAUAAUUCUUUAUUGUCUGAAUUGUGGGUAAUCAGGAUGAACAGUGCCUCAGAUGAGUGAAGCACUCAGAAUGGACCAGGAUGCUUCAAGACAUCAGAAAAAUCUUUGAAGCAAAACAAUUUGGAUCUUUAUAGUUUUUUUUUAUACUUUGUAGUCAAGCCAAACUUAAAAGGCAAAUGU